AUGCUCAACUUUGCGCUGUGUUCUACGAGAGUUCUGGCUCGAAACGCGCGCCAAUCAAGAAAAGCGAGCUGCCCUGCGACGCAAGUUCGGAACGAACGACACUUUCUAGGCAAUGCAGUGUCCAGCCGGCGCGCUCGCGCACUGGCUAGGAGCGCGACGAUGGUUGUAGACGAGCCUGCCGUCGAGACGGAAGUGGACCCCGGAAAAGUGAAAGGAACUGAUUUGCGCGUGCUGCGAUACCCUCACCCGUUGCUACGCGCGCCGAAUGCGAUUGUAGAGGUGGAGGAGUUUACCGACGAGCUGAAACGAAUUGCGAAAGAAAUGUUGUUAGUCAUGUAUGCAUCGCGGGGGGUGGGCCUGGCGGCGCCGCAGGUGGGGGUGAACAAGCGGCUGAUGGUAUUUAACCCCGAUGGCGAGUCGAAGGCUUUUCUGAAGGAGGUUGUCAUGGUGAAUCCGUCGAUUGUGGGCAAAUCGAAGAAGACUACUGUAGAGCCGGAAGGGUGUCUGUCAUUUCCGGGGAUGAAUGGGAACGUACGAAGGCAUGAGUGGGUGAAGGUAGAGGCGACGCGGCUGAAUGGGAAGAAAUUUAAGGUGAGAUAUGAGGGGUGGAUUGCGAGGAUAUUCCAACACGAGUACGACCAUUUACAGGGCACGUUGUACCCCGACAAGCUGGAGUCAGCGGAGGAUGAGGAGAAGGUGAAAGAUCGAUUGGCAGAGCUGGUGGAGGACUAUCGACAAAACCCGUACGAGGGCAUGGAGCCGGCGCUCUGA